AUGUUGGGUGAUGACGACAUGCGAGUUAUAUUUCAUAGUAAGUCAAGAUUUCCCGACUUAGGCGCGCUGGAGUUGUUUGUCAGAAUGGUUGACGUGGAGGGCAGUAGCCGGGGGACUGCUCCGAAUCUGCCCACUGGCGUCAUAGAAGGAACUUCCACCGCCGUUCCAACAGGGCAACCGGCGACUCCACUUGUUUUGUCCCCAUCUUUUGCUGCUGAUUUGCCUGUCUCGGGUGAUGACUUGGGUGAUGGGCGUAGCUUCGGCCAGCUUGCAGCUGCGAUGGGAGCUGAUCCUGUAGUGGACGGUGCACCCGCAUUCAUGGAGGUAAGAGAGAGAGAUCCGUUUGCGGAGGCUAUAGGUGAUGAUGGGUCAGAUUCCAAGCCACCAAUUAUUGGUGACGAGAGCGACGGUGAUGAGGACACCGCAGUUGCCGUGGGAGCUCAAACCCAUGGUAGCAGUGGUACGCAGCAGUACCCUCGACACUUUACCACAUUGAACCUUGAAGCAAUGAACCAGGCCGCAAACUUAGAUCAGCAUCACCCGGUGAUUCACGGAGAAAGGCCUAGCGUGAUUGGCACGGACGAGUUUGAGGUUGGGCAAAGGUUUGAAACAAAAGAGGAAGCUGUACUGACAAUAAAGAGUUAUAAUAUUCGGCAGGGAGUAGAGUAUAAAGUGUUUGAGUCCGACCAGUUGAAGUAUCAUGGGAAGUGUGUCCAGUUCGGGAAUGGUUGUAAUUGGCUGAUCCGUGUCACUAUGAGACAGAGAAAAGGCUACUGGGAAGUUAGAAAGUACAAUGGACCACACACGUGUCUAGCAACGGAGAUAUCAAUGGAUCACAGGCAGCUCGAUUACCAUGUCAUAUGUGCCUCGAUUUUAUCGUUGGUGAUGGCUGAUGCAUCGGUGUCGGUUAAGGUGUUACAGAAUGCGGUGUCAUCGAAGUUUGGGUUCAAGCCAAGCUACAGGAAGGUACGAUUGCGCUUUUGCAUACUUCGCCAGUGA